AUGAAGGCCGAAGGAUACGAUUUCAAACCACACCUUUACGUCCGAAUCAUCAGGCUCGAUGGGGGUCCAUCGCUCCCCCCAGAACGACUUUCUUCCCCUCAGCCACAUCAUCGCUUUGCCAAUCUCACUUUAUUUGAUCUAUUCAAACAAAACAUCGCCACUAUGUCAGCUCAACAGACUUCUUUCAUCGCUAAAAACACCCAGAACUCAUCUGAAAAUGAGCACAACGGUCCGUUGUUGAGUUUUGCCAAUCAACGUAGCGAGCAUGGAAACACUGGCUACAUGAACUAUGGAUUAGGCCACCAAGCUCCCCCGGUGAUGACUCAAUCGACUUACAGUGAAGUUUUGAAGUCGCCGUUCGUUCACCCUGGCGUACACGGCAUCUCUAGCAAUCGAACGAUGUCUAACUUGGCCACCAACGCCCCGAGUUGGAAUCCGAUCAAUGCAAGUGGCGUGGUCCCCGGCCCUGGCAACGAUGAUUUGCCUGUUCUGGACUUCGAGGGUAGUGAAGACCUAGAUGAUUUCACCUCGACCCAAGUCAAUGAACUCGACUGGACUCCGCCUUUCAAUAACUGCUCAUUAGGCACCUUUGCGUCAACCGAACCGGAUGAAAAUCAGCCCGAGGUUCCAAGCAAAGGCAAAGGCCCGUUGGUGGAAGUGAAUGUGAUGGGAUCAUAUAACGUCAAGCUCACCUAUCUGAUGUACACCCAAAAGGGUGUGAAUCCCCUGAAGAUGUCGGUUCAAAAGUUGAACAAAGGGGUUGGCAAAUGGAUCGCCUAUCGAAUUGAUCCGACGACUAAGAUCAUCGACAUUGACGACAACUCCUUUAUCGCUCUCAAGAACAUCCUGUUUACUGCUGCCGAUUCCAUUGAUCAAGACGCUCCGGCCGGUGGCAACAGUGCCAUCUUCAAAUUGGCCGACGCUAGUGGAUCCGUCACCAUCACGCUUACUGGGGACAAUGAUGUCCAAGCUUUCUUCACUGCGGUUCAGCUGGCGCCAUUGAAAGAGGCGGGCAUUUCGAUUUUGAUGGCAGAUCCGGCCAAGUCUGCCAAAGCGGCUGACGCGAAAAUCGACAUGGCUCAGACUCGACUCAAGGCCAUGAAUGCCAUGAAUAACGUCACGGUAUCGGAUUCUCAACUGACGGAUUCACUGCCUCAUGACCCUCUUCAACUCAAGCUCGAAGCGUUAAUCAAGAAAUAUGGAAGCCUUGAAAACAAUAGCCGCGAGGGUUGGCGAGUGUAUAAGCCACACGAGGCUUCAAAGUAUAUGCAGAUGAACUACGAGCACCUUCAUAAGUGGGCGCAGGAAUUGGCUGAAUGUCAAGCAGGUGUCAAUUUAGAGAACCCACCAAUGUAUCUUGAAGGCUUCAAGUGGACCGAUGUCAAGCGUCCGUUGUCGACUGCCGCACCACAACACUCAGCCAAAAAGAACAAAUGUUCCAGUGACGCGGGUCCGCCUCACGCGCCUGGAGGCUACUCCGAGUUGCAGGGUUAUCACAUUGCGGUGAAUCGUGAAGAGCUGGAAGAGCUUAAGAAGCACUGCAAUUUGGAAGAGUUUCUCAACUACGCAGGGAUACCUCCUUUUUUUGUCCGGGAAUUGGCCAAAAUCUUAUGGGACCAUCACAUAGACAGCUUCGACCAAUUCCUUUUCCCUGAUAUCAUGAACAUUCGUGACGUCUUGGGGCUCGGCAUUUCAUGGGGUAUGGUGAUGAAGUUAUUCGCGCAAAGUCGUUUGUUUUAUAAACAACUCAAGAAGGAGAUAAUCACCUGCGAUCAAAUCAGCGCUCGAGAAGGACCUUACAAUUUCCCUAAGAGUACUGUAGCCCCCGGAGCAAGCGGGAGUGUGCACAGUUCCGCUCAAGCCGGUCCUAGUCGAUUGCCCUACACUCCUGCUCAAGGAGGUUCGAACCAAUCUUCCAAUCUUUAA